CUGUAAUUUACCCCAAAAAAAUCUUAAAUCUAAUCCAUUAUUUCCUUCUUCCUCUCCGGCCUCUGGCCUUUGGGAUGUGGGAAUAGGACUGUCCAGUGACACAAACAGAGAAGCCAUGAGAGCUCUUAUUCUCUUCCCGUCUUCUCCCUUCACUCCAAAACUCCCCACCAUCACUUCUUCCCUCACUCCCCAACCCUCAAAGCCAUCCUCCCUCACCUUUCCAUCCAUCAGCGCGAAGGCGAAGCCACCGUCUCCUUUGAGAAGAGAAAGAAACGACUUUAGGGUUAGAGCUGACGAGGGAGACGACGGCGGAGGCCCCGACGACUACGACAUGGAGGAAGAAGAGGUGGAGGAGGUGGACAACAAGAAGGACUACGACGUCGAGUACGACCGCCUCGGUGCGCCCGGCUCGGCCGCCGGCGGCGAUGACAUUGAGAUGGUUCAGAGCAAGAGCUUUGUGUCGACGCAAGGGUGGGACUCAGAGAUGGUGGUGGAUUACAGGAUUAAUGAGGAGGAGUUUCAUAAGAUCAGUUUGCUUGACUGUGACUUUUUCAUUAGGAAGCCACCUGAUCCUGAUAACGAUGUUUAUGAUUUCAGAGAGAUGUAUGUUACUCCUCCAGACACUGAUGUUUAUUCUAUUCCUAAGGUUCUAGCGCCGAUGCCUCAGAAGUACAUUCGAUGUUCAAUGAGUGAUUAUGGAUGUUACAAUGUUACGGAGCCUCCAAUUGAUGCACCUCGAGAUCCACUGUACAAAACGGAAAGGGAAGUUCUGAAGGUUUUCUUGACAAAGCAUUAUAGAAACAGGAGGUCAGGUGACCCAGAAUUUGUACUAGAUUUUGAAGAGAUUUAUGUCAUUGAUUCAAAAACAAAGUCAAUCACUAGAGCAAAAGUUUUGGUUACUAUUCCAGGAGGACCUAAUAGGGACAGAAAGAGUGACAUGCUAAUAGUUCGUGAUAAUGGGAAUUCCUUCAAAAUAAUUCAUAUGAGUCAAAGAGACGAACCCACAACUGUCAUAGAGAGAGAAGAAUGGAUCAAAACAAGGCAAGAUAUGGAGAGACACCUCAGGAAACUACGAGACUUCAGUAUUUCAAACUGGUUCUAAUUGAAUGGCACGGGAUUCAGAGAUUGGGAAGAUGUGCAACUAAUUUUAGACAAUUCUAUCCUGAAGAGAUGAAGAUACUUAAUGCUGUUCACAUUUGCUAUAUUUGCACAUAUGAUCCAAUUCCAACGUUUAGAAUUGAUGCUAUCAAAUAUGUGCAAUGUGCUGGGGAUUGGGGACCCAAUGCACAUGUUUCUGUGACUGCCUCUCACCAGCUUCUAUUCCAACAAGUUUGCAGAAUCUACUCCAUUCAAUUACUUGACCUUGCCGUGGUAACUCAAAAGCUGUUUAGGGAGAAGAGUUUGUCCACGGUUUUGAAUCUUGAUUCUAUUACCAUCAUUGAUGUUUUGUACAUGUAGGUUGUUUGAGUAAGUAUAUUUUGUAUCACUUGCCUUAUUUCCCUGUUAGUGAGCAAGAAGCAAGAGCUGUUGCGGUUAGCACUGGGCACUGUCAGAUAUCCUAAUUGAAUGAGUAAUCAAUUAGAACUAUAAACAGCGUCUCCCAGCCGGUUAGUUUUCAUCCCUGUUAUUGUUGUUGGAAGGAAUUGGAUAUUUUGUUGCUAAUCUCCGUACCACCAAUCAUUUGCUCA